UUAUUUUUAUUUAAUUUAGUUGGAGACAUAAAUUUAAUGCAUUUAUGUCAUUUAUAGUAAUUCACUACCAGUCCGAAAAUGUAUGUGGGAGUUAAAAAACUGGUUCUGUUGUCAAGAUGGACCACACCGAUCGAUAUUUUCGAAAGCAACAAAACGUAGAUGAACCGACAAUUAAAAUCUACCUUUGUACCUUGUAUAGCAACAAUUACUAAAUUCCAAAGAUAUUCGACAAUUUUUCAACAGUUUCAUUGUAAAUAAUACCUCCAUUGUGUUUAAAACAUUCAGUGUUUACUUGCUAGCGAGGUGAUUUUGCAGCGAGGUUAUGAACAUUGUAAUUAUUUAAUAUUUAUGUGAAUGAUAAACGAUACAUAAGAUCAUGAGAAUAACAAAUUCCUUCGCGAUAAUUUCUAUCAACUGUAAUGCAACAAAAAUUCGAUGGACUACGUGAAAUUCAACAAAAUCCAACGAUGAAAUCUGUGUAUAAAUUGUUUUUUCUGUGCCUUAUCUUCACUGUACUGAUAAUACUACUUAAUUUAACAAAUUUCUCCAAUAAAGUCUACGAUGCACCCACCAAAGAAACCAUUGCUGUUUCUACCACUGUUAAAAAGUUUCAACCACCUUUCAUAACAGGAGAAGUGACAAUUUGCGUGGUAGUUUGUGGAGAUAGAGUAGAUGAGGCGUUAACAAUGCUCAAGUCUGCCAUAGUUUUUACACGUGGAUCUUUGCAGUUUGUUAUUCUGGCAGAGACCAGUUUAAUUCCUGCUUUCAACGAGAAAUUGGCAGAAUGGAAGCUUCUUUCAAACAAAACUUUUGAUUUCGUUGUCAAGCCUAUUACAUUUCCUGAAGGCAGUGACGUAACUAUGUGGAAGAAAUUAUUCAAACCUUGUGCAGCUCAACGAUUAUUCCUUCCCUCAGUAUUAAAUGAUAUAGAUGCUGUUCUUUAUGUGGACACAGACACACUAUUCUUGGCUCCACCAGAGAAAAUUUGGGAUGAGUUCAAGAAAAUGAAUUCUAGCCAACUAGCAGCUUUAAGUCCGGAACAUGAAGAUCCUAAUACAGGAUGGUACAACAGAUUUGCCAAACAUCCUUAUUAUGGAAAACUGGGUGUGAAUUCUGGAGUGAUGUUAAUGAACCUGACGAGGAUGAGAGAAUUCAGAUGGAUAGAGUAUGUGAUACCAAUUCACAAGGAAUAUAAAUUGAAGAUAACAUGGGGAGAUCAAGAUAUAAUAAACAUUAUAUUCCAUUACCAUCCUGAAAAGCUGUAUGUCUACUCUUGUAGAUACAAUUAUAGGCCCGAUCAUUGCAUGUAUAUGCCUGUCUGUACAAAGGCAGAGAAAGAAGGUGCUUUGGUUUUACAUGGUUCUAGAGGCACUUUCCAUUCUCAAAAGCAACCUCCUUUUAAGGCAAUUUAUAGAGCCAUGCAAGAAUAUCAGUUGAAUACAGAUCCCUAUGAUUAUUUAUUGGUGCCAAUGAGAAACUAUUUAGCCUUGGAGCAUAAGUCAAAUUGUGGCAAAGUGUGGAAAGUAUUUAUUAUCCAGCCUGAGUUGCACUUAGGACAACAAUAAUAUUUAAACGUAUUUUCUAAUAUACAAAGAAAAAACAUAAUCAUUGUAGUACUUCCUCUUCAACCUGCCAUUAAAACAAAAUGGACUGCUACACGAUAUUUAAAACACAAUACAGUAUGAACAAUUCUAUCCAUAUGUAGGCUCACUAUGUUCCAUAGUGCAUCCUGAUUUUAUUUGUUAACAAGUGCGCUGUGAUUGUUACUAUUUAACAUAAAAAUGAAAAACAGGACCAUGUUAUUAUAAUUAUUAGCUAAGAUGAUUUCAAUAAUACUCUUUGAAUGUAGCUUUAGAUAAAAUUUGUAGAAUUACUUUGUAUACUUAAAACUUGACGUACUAAGUCACUUCUACAAAAUGUUUACUAUCAUUAAGUGAAACGUAUAUUGUUCAAAAAUGUUUUUACAAAAAUUGUACGCGACCACGUUACAAAAUACUUUUGUAUACUUCGUUAUUUUGUUAUUCUGUAAUAUAUGUUCUUGUGAUACUUUUUUUACAUGAAAUAAAAAGAAUCGUUCAAAC